GAAAAGCCCGCGCUUUCCCGACACGCACCGCGCCAAGCACCCGGAAGCCGAGCGCUCUACCUCCCCUCGUCUAUGGUAGUAGAACCGGAAGUGGGCGCGGCUACCUGCCGAAGAUCGACGGAGGCUCUCGGGCCGGGGUGCGCGCGCAGCUCCCGCCUCGUCCAAUCGAGCGCCGAGCAGAGGCGGCGGAAGCGGAAGUAGGGAAGCGGCAGGCCCGGCCAGCCGGUCGGCCGAGCAGGGAGGAUGUUCCACGGGAUCCCCGCCAACGCCGGGAUGGGAGCCCCCGGGAACAAGCCGGAACUCUACGAGGAAGUCAAGCUCUACAAAAAUGCCCGCGAACGGGAAAAGUACGACAACAUGGCCGAGCUGUUUGCUGUGGUGAAGACUAUGCAAGCCCUGGAGAAGGCCUACAUCAAGGACUGUGUCAACCCCAAUGAGUACACGGCCGCCUGCUCCCGCCUCCUGGUCCAGUACAAGGCCGCCUUCAAACAGGUGCAGGGACUGGAGAUCAACUCCAUCGAUGACUUUUGCCGCAGGUUCCGGCUGGACUGCCCGCUGGCCAUGGAGAGGAUCAAGGAGGACCGGCCCAUCACCAUCAAGGACGACAAGGGCAACCUCAACCGUUGCAUUGCGGACAUCGUGUCGCUCUUUAUCACCGUGAUGGACAAGCUGCGCUUGGAGAUCCGGGCCAUGGAUGAGAUCCAGCCAGACCUGCGGGAGUUGAUGGAAACCAUGAACCGCAUGAGCCAUUUACCUCCAGACUUUGAGGGGCGGCAGAAAGUGAGCCAAUGGCUGCAGACCCUGAGCGGCAUGUCGGCUUCCGACGAGCUGGAUGAUUCUCAGGUCCGCCAAAUGCUCUUCGACCUGGAGUCGGCCUACAACGCCUUCAACCGCUUCCUGCACUCGUGAGGCCGAGAGCGGCCAGGCCCGAGAGGUCCCCGUCAGUCACUCAAGAGGGGAAAAUGCAACAGGUGCCCUCAGGGCUCCACUAGGCAAGACACACCCGGUUUUCAAAGGCCUCUGAACACAAAGGCUUCCUUCCAUUGGAGAGAGAAGCCCUGGGUCCUCUCUACAUUUUGGGACGCCUCUCGUUGCGUGGGCCGCAUUGCAGAUAUUUUCACUACGGGGAUGGGUUGGGGGGGCAGUGGACCAGCCCCUCCUUUUGCAGCCUUGAAUUGGGGAGCAGUAGCAUAUU